AUGGGUAGAAGCCGUUCUAGAUCUCGUAGCAGAGAUAAAAAAAAGCAUAAAGACCAUAAAGAUAGAAAGGAAAGAAAGAGAAGCCAUUCUAGAGAUAAAAAAUCGCAUAAAUAUGAUAGAAAUGAUAAAAAUGAUAAGCUUAGAGAAAAGCCCUCUCAAAAUAAUGAUGAUUAAUAAUCAUUAGCAUAAAACACAUAAUCAAAAGUAGAAAAAGUGUGGGAAAAAAUAAAAGAAGAAAAGUAAGCAGAAGAAGAAGCUCUUUUAAAAGUAUAGUAAAAAUAUGGAUUUGUUCCCAAAAAAAUUGAAAGAAAAGGACCAGAAAAAUUAGAAGGUGUUUCAUCAUAUAAUCCUGUUAUGAUUGAAGUAAUAAUUAAUGAUCGUUUGGGUAAAAAAGAAAGAAUCAAAUGUUUACCUUCAGAUACCAUAGGAAUUUUGAAAAAACUAAUACAAGCAAAAACUGGUACAAGAGCAGAAAAAAUUAAAUUGUAAAAAUGGCAUUAAGUAUUCAAAGAUCAUAUUACUCUUGAAGAUUAUGAAAUUCAUGAUGGUAUGUCUUUGGAAAUGUAUUAUAAUUGA